UAUUUUCAGCGAUAAUAAUGUCAAAAGAUCAUGAACAGUAGUUCAACAAUAGUUCAACUAUUGAAGUAACAAUACAAAAACAAGGCAAUAAAAACGCUGUCAAAUACUGGGUAUUUAAGAUGGUGGUACUUCGUGUAUUGCCAUCAGUGUGAGCUUGCUUCCAUAGAGAGAAUACGAUUUUGAGUGGUGAUUCAUCAAACGCAGUAAGUUUUUUUUUUUAAUUCUGGUACACACUGAUAGAAGACAACAGGACAUUACAGUCCUUGUUCGUGAUUACCUACCCGAGUUGAAGGGGAAAGUGGCAUACCCGCGCAUUAGGAUGUCCUACGUUUCUAGUAUACGGGCGAUUUUUCACUAGAUUAGCACCUGAAAGUGUAAUAUCAAAACCAAAGUACGACUUUGUUCUCUCAAACCACUAAAAUUCAAUUAUUCCCUGCAGGUUUAAUAAAAAAUUUAUUUUCACCUAAAUUGUAAUUACAAAUGCAAUCAAUGUUUCAGAUUGAGGAAAUGAACAGUUUCAUACAAAAAUGUAAAGAAACAGGAGAAGAAAUGAAGUUCAUAGCCUCUGAAAAUAUUCAAAAAGUGAAGAAUAUGACGGGUAGCAAUCUAACGGCAGAUGACAAAAACAAACUAUUGGAGUGGAAAAGCUCAGAAAAAUCCCGUCAACAAUCAAAUGCUUCUAAUUCCAACUACUCAAUGGCUUCGAGCUCUUCUUGCCAUUCUAAAAGUUUUAGCAAAGUACAGUCAAGGAUUGUCCUGAAGAUGCUACAAGCAAAGUCUACAUUCUUCUGUCAACCUAAAUCAGAAGAUCAACAUUGUUUAUCAUCAAGUUUUGAGGUUACAGAAACUUCCAGUAUCUCGGGGUCAUUAUCAGACUAAAUAUAUCACGAGCACUAAUUAUUAAGUCUAAUAAUGUGCAGAUUUUUUAACAGCCACUGAAGGCUAUUUUUUAUACUAUUAAAAAAAUCAUUUAAUUUUACGAGUUUAUGUAUUAAAUAUCCAACUUACCAACCUCAUUGAAAUCAUAGCCUAUUUAUUCAUUAACGACAAAUUGGAAAAGCUAAAAUCGUAAGAUGCCGAAAAUCUCGCUAAACACUUGAAAUAUCAUUUAUUACAAUCUUACCGAUGCAGUUAAUUCAAUAAUUGUUUGAUGUGAUAACACAUUUCUAAUCAGAAGCAGAAUUCAUACAAAUAUAUGAUAUGCCACAAUGAUAUGCCCAAUUAAGAGGGUUGAUAUUUUCAUCACCUGUCAAUUAUCAUUAGCAGUUAACUUAUGACCAUGCGAGUCACAGUAAUUGUAGCGUUUGAAAAAGCCCGCGAAAAGCUACGGCGCGGAUCCACUGAGUCUGCGCAUCGCGGGCAUGCGAGCAAGACAGAAGCCGGUUUUGUUAACCAAGGUCAAGUUAAUCUGAUAGAUGAGUAAUACAAGGCGAUGUCGUAUCAGUGCGCUUGUACGAGUUAUUUAUGUAUCUAACAUGUAGGUGUUUAUUUACAAUAAAAUUCAAUCGAGUUAUUCGAUAUAUAAUUUAUUGAGGAUGUUACUUCUAAAAAAAAUAUACUGCAAGAGAGCAAAAAUAUUAUGAUGUUGUAAUAGUGAUAGACAGACUUUGAAGUAUAAACCAUUAAUUUGCUUUAUAUGACGAACAGCUUGUAAGUAUACGUAAGUUACUUAGAAAAUUAUGAGAAAAUUUGGCUGUAAGUUAACCCUUUUAGUUUGAGAGUCUUGAAACUUCUUGGUGCCUAUCGAAUGAGGUUAGGGUGAGUCGAAAAGCGCCCUGGAUUCAAUUGUGCGCAAUGUGAGAGUAGUUUUGUUACUGUGUAUCACUUUCUAUUAAUUUUAACCCUACUUUGUGUUUGGUAACAGUGCCGUAGUUUGC